UGCAGAAAAUGUUGGCUUGACUGAGUCAGCUACAGAUAACACUCUUUUUCCAAAUGCUUUGAAUCUGUUGAGUAAUUCUACAGAAAAUGGUUCAUUGUUUGAGGUUUCUGCAAACAACUUGACUUCCUGUGCUGGAACUGAUGAGAAAAACUGUUUAGUUAAAGUAUCUUCUGACAACUUUCCUUUGCGUGGAAAAGACAAGGAAACUGUUACUUCAACAGAAAUAUACACAGACAACUGGAGUUUGAGAGAUGAAUAUCUGAUGACACUUUCUUCAGGUGAUUGCUGUUCACCCACCAUGACUAAAGAUAUAAUCACAGAAUUGUCCCCUUUAACAAUUUGCACAGAGAAGGACAAUUCCUUAAAUGAAAUGUCUCCAAAUAGUUUUGUUUUGCUAGAGGAAAAUGGAUGUGCAGUUAUUCCAGCACAAGCUUCACUUACCACUUCUUCACUUACCACUUUAUCAGGAGAGGAUGAAGAAAAAGCUCAUCUGGGUGAGCUUUCUUUACAAACAAAAGGAGAAAGUUCAGUCAAUGUUUUUUCUGAUGUCAUUCCACUACAGACCUUUUGUAAGGAAACAAUGUCUUCUUUUGACUUACCAUUAGAAAAUCAGUCAGUUGAAGCAACAGAUGCAGUAAAUCUGUCAAAUGACUCUUCAAACAUUGUCCACGCAAAUAAUGAAACAGCACAUCUAUGUGAAAUAACCACAGAAAUUGAUAUUUUGCCUGCUUCAAACAUAACACUGGGCACUUCACCUGAUAUCUCUUGUAAUGUUCCUCAGGAGGUUAUUGGUGAAGAGCUAGAUGGUCAAGAAAUAACCCAUCCAGAAAAAGUUCAAUUUUCAGGAACCAAUGUGAAAAUACCUUGUUCAUUAUCAGACACUUUUGAAAAUGUGCCUCUGCUGACUUCUCCAAAUGCCCUUUGUUUACCACUUAGCACUAAAGAACUAGCCCAUUUCAGUCCAUUUACUAUGCCUUUAUCAGAUGCACGUGAAGAUUCAGAAUCUCACACUAACAUGAGCUUUGCCAGCUCAAGUAACAAUAACAAGAGUUCACCAUCUUCUUUCUGCUCUCCAAUUAAAACUAAAGAAUCCACAGACUUUGAUGACAUUUUUUUUGCUGUACAGGAUUUCAUUCCUGUCACUGAUAUAUUUUCACCAGAAGCACAUGAUAAACCAUCUAGUCCUCUUAAACCUACAUUCAAUAUCUCUGCAUUACCUGCUGAUGAGAAUUCUACAGGUCAGCCUUUUAGUUCAUUUUUGGCUACAGAAGAAGAAUCUGAAUGUGUAACUGAAGCUACUCCAGAUGGGUCUGCAUCCUCUAAGGAUAUUUCUGUGAUUUCUGGGGAAGAAAACAUCUGUUUAACUGACACAUCACCAGUUGCUUUCUCCUUGACAUCAUUUGAUGAACCUUCUAAAACUGUAAUAGAAUCAGCUACAGAAGCCAUUAAGUCAGUAAAUUUGACUUCUGAUCUCAUCUCUUCUUCUGAAAAAAGUAUCACUGUAAGGAGUUCAGAUUCAGAGGGAGCAUUUGAGACACCAGAAUCAACUACACCUGUGAAAGCACCACCCUCUCCACAACCAGAUCUACAUCUACAAAUACAACCUGAAACCACAGAACUUUCCUCUGAUAUCACAUGCCCAUCCAGUGAACCUCAAAUUAAUGAUGACUCUGAAGUCUCCCUUAGCCCUUCUUAUCAGACUUCCUGCAUAGUCUUUGACGAAGAUAAGCCAAUAGCGAGCAGUGGCACAUAUAACUUAGACUUCGUAAAUAAUGAUUUAUUUGAUCCUUGCCAAUUGGAGCUCAAUUCCAUAGAGAAAUCAGGUUUAGAGCACAAGCAGCCCACUCGAAGGAGGUCCACUGAUUCAGUUCCUGUUUCAAAAUCAACACUGACACGUUCUCUUAGCCUUCAAGCUGGGGAACUUGAUGAUUCCACAAAGCUUGACUGUUUUGGUGGGACAGAAGAAUCAUCGUCAGCUGUCAGCUUCAGUAUAGGAACUGAAAGUGAUCAUGGUACUUUAAAAAAGACAAGAAAACCAAAACCUGGCUCUUUAAAAAGGAAGCCCAAACUCAAGGUGGACAGUGUAUCCGAUGUUAGACCAGAAGAGAAAAUCUCCCAAUCUAGUCCAGACUUAUCCUCAAAGAAAAAAGUUCCAACCAAAACAAGCACAGAAGGAGAGACGGAAAAUAAUCAAGAGGGCUCAAGAGCUGAGGGUGCAUUACAGACCUGUGUUCUAAAGGACCUUCUUCAUAAAGGUGAAGAAGAAACCCAGGAAGAUGAAAUAUUAUUUAAAGCUGAAUCAGAAUCCUCUGUUAGAAACCGACAACAAAAAUUAGAUGUCACUUGUAUAGUUCAGUCAGAGAGCCCAGUGGCUGGAAUCAGUGUAAAUGUACUGGAGACAGAAGUUAAGGGAGGAAAUAAGACUAGUAACAUAGCUGAUGAACAAACCUCCCAAGAAGCCACUAUUACAAAUACCACUGAGGUGAGGGAAGAUGGAAACUCCAAUUUUGCUAAAACUUCAUAUGACUGGGAUCCUGAUAACUAUGAAAGUAUAAACCCAAUUUGUACCGAAAAGAGUAAGCUCUCCAACUCCCCAGCAGCUGUACGGAAGUGUGUUGUUUUUAACACUUUGCCUGAAUCUCCUGAGGAAGCACUAGAAUCAAGCCAGAACGAUAUUCCUUUAAAUAAACGGCAAUCAAUACGACUGGAAUUUGAUUACUCAGAAGAAACACUUAAUUGUGAGGGCAUACAGGAAAACAUAGUAACACCCAAAAAACUGAUAAAGAAACCAGGAGGAAAGAUGCCACCUAAAAAACUUAAAUCUGGAAGUAAGAAGCCCUCAGCAAUUGAGAGGUUGGACAGCACUUCUUCAGAACAGUCUGCAAACUUUGAUGAGAUGCCUCUUCCCAGGUUCUCUUAUGACUUUGAUCCUAGUAAGUGGGAUGAUCCCAAUUUUAAUCCAUUUUCUUCUGGUGACAAAAUGACAAAUUCACCAAAAUUCUCUCAUAAGACUUAUAGUUUUGAAUCUGAGAGUUAUGAUGACUCUUUUUCCUUGUCGAUCAAAACUGGAAACUCAACAAACACCUCGUUUGAAGUACCCUCUAAUGACAAUGAACUAGAUGGACUGGAUGAUACUAAUAAAAAUAAAAGCACAAAAAAGAAGAAAGCACCUUUAAAGACUAAUACGUUCAGAGUCAAGAAGUCACCAAAGAGAUCCGCAGUACUUGACCAGUCUUCCCAGGAAUCCACACCUCUCCCUACUCCUGAGACUCCUCCUGUCAUAAGUGGUGAAGAACAUGCUACUGAUGAAGAAAAGCUUGCAUCUUCAGUCACAAACCAGAAAUGCACUUAUUCAUGUGAAUAUGGAUCAGAUAAUGAAGAUUAUCCUCAAACCCCUGAUCUUUCUGCUUUUGUGAACAAAAUGAAUCUGAAUUCUCCUUCAGAAGUUCACAGUUAUAAUCCUUACUAUGAAAUCAAGCAUAUGGAGGAACCCGGUUCACCUUUAUCAGAAAAUCUAUUGUCAGCCCAGAAGCAAGCAUUGUACCUGAACCUUCAUCCUAAAGAUAGUCCUUCUAAAGCUUCACCAGUAAUGACAUAUGACCCGCCUUCAAUAUGCUCAGGUGCUGAAAAUGAAGAAGCCCUCAAUACUUUUGAAACCAAAUCUUCUUAUGCAGAAGAACAUUUAUUAUCUAGCUGUGAGCUAUCAAAACAGAGCGAGAACAGUCUCUCGAGUCCUUUGUCAGAAAGUGGCAAAACUGAUCUGGUUCUGCUUGGAGAGGCCACAGACCUGAAUGAUGACUUGAUAAACAGAAUGUCACAGAAAAGAGAAGAUAGUGGAGAGCUUGUAUACUUAGAGUCAGACUUAGAUCAAACCACUCCAUCCCCAUUUACUCAUAAAUUGCAGCAAAUGGACACCUCAAUGGCAGAUGACAUUUUGUUUACAAAACUAAUGCUAUAUCCUUCAAGUGAAAAGGAGGAAACAAAAAGUGAAGAGCAAGAAGACCUGAACUCUGCCCUGGAAAUUGCAAGAAAGAAGAUUGUGGCCAAAGAGAGAGAGGUAAUAGAAUGGGAAAGAAAAUAUGAAGAGAGCAGAACUGAAGUUGAUGAAAUGAGAAAAAUAGUGGCCGAGUAUGAGAAAACCAUUGCACAAAUGAUAGGUUCAUCUCCAAAAAGGAUGCAUAAAUACUGCCUUUCUGAAAAUGAGCAGCAAGAAAAAUCAUUUUCUCAUCAUACCAUCCAACAGUUAAUUUUGGAAAAAGAGCAAGCCUUGUCGGAUCUUAACUCUGUGGAGAAGUCUCUUGCUGAACUUUUCAGAAGAUAUGAAAAGAUGAAACAAGUUUUAGACGAUUUUCGAAAGAAUGAAGAUAUAUUGAAGAAAUGUGCACAAGAGUAUCUUACACGAGUUAAGAAAGAAGAACAGAGAUAUCAUGCUCUCAAAAUACAUGCAGAAGAAAAAUUGGAGAAAGCCAAUGCUGAAAUUGCCCAAGUUCGUGCCAAAAGCAAGCAGGAACAAGCCGCCUACCAGGCCAGUCUGAGGAAGGAGCAGAUGCGAGUUGACUCUCUAGAACGAACACUGGAGCAAAAGAAUAAGGAGAUAGAAGAGCUGACAAAAAUUUGUGAUGAAUUGAUUUCCAAAAUGGGAAAGAACUAACGCCUGAACUGUGUACACCCCAAGCCUGAUUUUUAUUUUAAUACUUUACAGUGAACAAUAGCACCUUUACGCUCUGCCAAUAAUUUUUCUUCUUCUUCUUCUUCUUCUUCCGAGUGACUGGAAGAGCAUCCACUUGUGUGUUAUGCACUGGCUGUUUUUUGUUGCAAGACUGUACUGUGUAGCAUUCACUGAAAAGACUUCAAUAAAGCUUUUUUUAAUUAAGCCAUAAGGCAAAAAUAUAUUAUUUUAUAUAUACAUAUAUAUAUUUUCCUGUUUUUUGGUUGUAGAUUUUCUAGAAAAAAAAAUAGAAUUCUGUGUUACAUAAAGUUACUGAAUUAAAUCAUCCCAGAAUGUUCUCUUCUGCUUGGGUACUGAUGUUCUUUUGUAAACAUUAGUAAUAAAACUGAUGCCAAAUUGUCAAAGGUUAAGAUAAAGAAACACACAGCGUGCACAUUUACUCUUCGUUUCUACAUCCAAUGAAAAUUGUAUUUAUUUUUAGCUGACUGUUACUGAACACUCCAAUCUUGUGUUAACCCAGUGCACUUAAAAAUAAAAAUGGUAAAGGCAUGCCUCAGUGAAACAAAAAAAAAAUUAAUGAAAGUAACUGCAGAGAAAAACAACAUAACUAUCAUUUUGGUAAUGUGUGUAAUGAAACAAAUGCUCAUGUAAUUUGUAGAUAAAAAAAACUUGCUGACUUCCUUUAUACACCCUUUUUUAAAAUAAAUUAUGAGCUAUUUUAAGAUCCUGUAUAGAUGUGCAGCUGUUCAUUGUGGUUUGCAUUCAAUGUGCAGAUAUUUAAAACUGAAUUAAAUUAAAUUUGUACCAAAAGCA